UUGGCGGGCGGCGUAGUAAGCAAAGCGGUGAAUGGAUAUUCCUACAGCAUGUUCGUGCUCUUAGUGAUACUGCUUCUUCGCACAACGCAAGGUGUUUCAUCAUUGAAAUUAAGAGAAUUCAGUGUUCCUGCUGUUGUGAUGCGAGGAGAUGCUGUAAGGCUGAAUUGCUCUUAUGACUUAGAGCGGGAUAAGUUAUAUUCCAUUAAGUGGCACAAAAACAAUGUGGAAUUUUACAGAUAUCUACCUGAAGAUACGCCACCUGGCCAAAAGUACGAGCUUGCUGGUAUUCAUUUAGACCUAAGCCGAAGUAGUGAAGGCAACAUUUACAUGAGCAAAACAGAUGUGAAUUCGGAGGGCACAUACACAUGUGAAGUUUCCACAGAAGCUCCAUUUUUCCAAACAGUUAAAGGUGAAAGAGAAAUGAGGAUAUAUGUCAAUCCAACCUCUCCACCUGUCAUUCGAAGUAGAAAACAGCAUUUUUUCAGUGGAGAAAUGGUAAAUGUAUCUUGCGUAUCAGCGCCAUCUAGACCAGCAGCCAUUUUGAAGUGGUGGAUCAAUGACAGAGAAGCCAAAGAUGAAUAUCUCAGAGGUCCUUUUAAAGAAGAAUCCGCAGAUGGACUUUUUACGUCCAUCCUGAUUUUAACAUUCCGGGUUUCAUCAAGUCAUUUUUGGGGCGGAAGAAUGAUACUGAUCUGUGAAGCCAUUAUUUCUCAAGGUCAUACAUUAAGAAGCGAAGAAAUACUAAUUUACAACAAAUCCCGAUUGCCACAUAGGACAAUUUUUUCAGAUUACGAAAAACAGAAAGAAGCACCUGUAAUACGCGGCGAAAGAAGUAAAUAUGAAAUCGGUGAUUUGGUAGAUAUCAACUGCACUGCCGCAAAAUCACAACCACCUGCUGAGUUACAUUGGUACAUAAACGACAAAGAGGCAAAACCAGAAUUUUUAAUUCCUCACGCAUCAGUUUUCUAUGAAGAUGGCAUGGUGUCUUCAGUACUGGGUCUCAGAUUUUAUGUAAAGCACCGCCAUUACCAGAAAGAUGAAAUGAGACUCCGUUGUACAGCUACGCUCUCAGAAAUCAUGAAAAUGACCAGUGCCCCACUAGAAGCAGAUAUAUCAGAAAGGCAGAUGUCUGACCUUCACGUGGAUGUAAAUGCGGGAGCAGUUGCAAGUGGGUGUUUACAGAAGUACAGAGAAUUCAGUUUAUGGUGGACACUUAUCCUGAUUUUCUUCAUUUCUAGGACAAAUAUUUUACGAUACCUGAACUGGUUAUGAAUCAUUAUCGAAACUUUUCCUUAAGUGAUAAAAACAUGUACAUUACUUCAGACACUUUCUCUUUCUGUGACACCAGUUGAUACUGAUAAAGAAAAAAUAAUAAAACUAUAUUUAAAAGAAAAACCUAUGUAGGGGAAGGUCGUGUACCUUGGGCACCCCCUGCUAUCUCUAUUAUUUGAGAAGGGAAAAUCUUGUAAACUUGGGAAAUUGACGGGCACGUUGAGCCAACACUGCUCCUGUGUUUUGGUCGCUUCUUCGGUUGCAUUUUCAGUUUUGUGUAGUGAUAUGGAAAACAAGGGGUAAAAAGUACAUUUUUUUCUCCAUAUCAUCUAUUUUUUUUUUAGUGAGAGGUUUUUUUUUUUUUUUUUUUUUUUUUUUUAAAUUCAGUGCUCGAUUAUUUUGAUACUUCGAAAUGUACACUUCAUGAUGUGCUUUUGGGUUUUCUGUUUUGUUAAAAACAUUUUGGUGUUUUUUUUCCCCAAGAAUAUUUUUAAAGUCACUUUUGUCUUUCUUGGUCAUAUAUUUUGCUUGCACCUUGGGCACCCAAGACAGGCGGGUAAGUGGUUUCCCAAGAUACAAUCACACGUAAGACACCUUCAUGACUGCAGCUUUUUCCUUCCUUUUUUGAAUGGGGGGGGGGGCUGGGGAAAUCAAGAAUCCUUACUGAUAUACCUGAAAAAAGGAUUUGAUAAAAAUAUUCACAAGCCAGAAAAUGCCGUUUGAAGAAAAAAAUGGAGUUCUCUAGUGAACAAGAUGAUGACCUGAUGGAAGACUAUCGCAAGAAAAAUUCAGGUUUCAUUCCAGCUUUCCAGACUGUCUUAUGAUAAGCAGACGACUUUGUUAUGCAUACAGUAUUAUGUUUCUCUUGAGAAAUUUGAAAUUUCUAUUGCAAGUUAAAUUUAUUCCAGAGACUAGUACAAAACAGCAGCAAUGUACGUUUUCUGUCCAUCCAGUGCAUUCUUCAAUGUGUUUUUUUUGUUUGCAAUUUAGUUUAAUAAAUCUAUUUUGAAAU